AAUAAGGUUGGUGGUCUUCUGCAACCAAUUGACAAACGGCUUGUAGACAAGAUUGAAGAGCUUGUUGGUGAAGGUGUUAAAACUGUUGAUGAAAUGAAAAGACACCUUAAACAGUUUGUGAAAUGUGAACUUUUCCAGGGCAGACUCCACCUCCUAUUACAAACAGGCGCUUCUAUCCCACAGAUGUGGAUGUCAGGAACCACAUGUACCGGGCAUCGGUAAAAAAAUUGCUGUCCAAAGUGGAUCAGGAAAACCUGCAAAGGAAAAUAGAAAAUUGGCGUGAGGAGCAUCCUGAGGACUCGUUCUAUUUUCGACCCAGUGCUCUGUCUACCUCAGCUACUGCCGAAACAGGAAGUGAAACAGAUGAGACUUGUGAGCAGACUGAAGAACUCCUCUUUGCACAUCAAACAGCCUGGCAGAAACAUCUUAUGAAUCUUUAUGGAAAUGAAAUAUCCCUCCUUGAUGCAACCUACAAGACAAUGAGAUAUGACCUACCAUUAUUUCUUCUGGUUGUCAAGACAAAUGUUAACUACACGGUUGUGGGAUGUUUUAUAAUUCAA